AUGGAAAUCAGCGAUGAAAACCUAAAACCGGAGGAGGAGAAAUGCAACUACUGGCUGCUGAAAACGGAGCCGGCGGAGUGGUCAUGGGACGACCAAGCCGCCAACGGCGGGGUGUCCAAUUGGGACGGGGUGAAGAACAAGCAGGCGCAGAAGUACAUGAGGAGCAUGAAACUGGGGGAUCUCUGCUUCUUCUACCACUCCGGCGCCAAAUCGCGGCGCGUGGUGGGCGUGGUGAAGGUGGUGCGCGAGUGGUACGACGAGGCGGAGGCGGUGGACGUCUGGGCCGUGGGGGAGAUGAGGGCGGCGGUGGGGCUGGCGGAGAUGAAGAAGGAGUUGAAAGGGGUGGAGUUCGCGCUGUUCAGGUAGCCCAGGCU